AUGUCGUUAACAAACUGCCGCUUCUACGAGGAGAAGUACCCGGAGGUCGACAGCUAUGUCAUGGUCAAUGUCAAGCAGAUCGCCGAAAUGGGCGCGUACGUGAAGCUUCUCGAAUACGACAACAUCGACGGAAUGAUUCUGCUCUCCGAAUUGUCGCGAAGACGUAUUCGUAGUAUCCAGAAGCUGAUCCGUAUUGGACGUAACGAGGUUGUCAUCGUUCUCCGUGUCGACAAGGAGAAGGGUUAUAUCGAUCUUUCCAAGCGCCGAGUCUCCCCCGAAGAUGUCAUCAAGUGCGAGGAGCGCUAUAACAAGAGCAAGGCGGUGAACUCCAUCAUGCGACAUGUGGCCGAGGCUACCCAGACUCCCCUGGAGACGCUAUAUUCGACCAUCGGAUGGCCCUUGAACCGCAAAUACGGCCAUUCGCACGAUGCUUUCAAGAUCUCCAUCACGAACCCCGACGUGUGGAACGAGGUCGAAUUCCCCAACGAGAACGUGAAGAAGGAGUUGACGCACUAUAUUAGCAAGCGACUUACUCCUCACCCCACCAAGGUCCGUGCCGAUAUCGAGGUUACCUGCUUCGGCUACGACGGAAUCGACGCCGUCAAGACCGCUCUGCGCACCGCCGAGGAGAGCAACACCCCCGAGACCCAGAUCAAGGUUAAGCUGGUCGCUCCCCCGCUGUACGUCCUAACCAGCCAGUGUCUGGACAAGACCAUCGGUAUCCAGAUGCUCGAGGAGGCUAUCCAACGGAUCGAGGCCAAGAUCAAGGCAGCCGGCGGUGGCUGCAUCAUCAAGAUGGCGCCUAAGGCCGUUACCGAGCACGAUGAUGCCGCCCUGCAGGAGCUCAUGGAGAAGCGUGAGCGUGAGAACCAGGAGGUUAGCGGUGAUGAGAGCAUGUCCGAGAGCGACGACGGUGUCCCCGAGUAA